AUGUUGACACUACCGAAUGAAAUUCUCGACAUUAUCAUUCGACUCCUGGUGGGAGAGCCGAUUCUUAAUCCUCCCACUUACCUGCAACUUAUCAAAUCAAAUAAUGAUAUUCGUGCCUUGAGACUGGAUCACCUCGGAAAGGCAGUUGACAUAAGAGACAACCAACCUCACGGAAUGACUGAGCUGCGCAACAACUCGAGGGCCUUGACCAGGACAACUGUGGUCGCUCCACCAAGUGCUAUAUCUCGUUUCCAUGAUAACCGAGAUGGCACGUCAAGUCGGGAAGGCCAACAGGAAGCUCUACGUCAGUCUGGUCACAAAAAUCUCAAAUCAAAACUUGAUGCUGGUACCUCUAAAGAGAAAACUUUUUCUCCUCUCCCUUUGGAUGGAUCUGUUAAACUGUUGGGUACCAAUGACGGUAGAUCAAGUCUCGUCUACAUUUUAUCCUUCUUUACCGAGCAUUUUCAUAACGGCGACUCGAGGCCGCUCGCAUCAGAAACAUUCAAGUCACACAUGGCAUUAUUCUCCGAGGACAAGACAGCCGAACCUCCUGUAUCCAACGACGAUAAUGGUCGCACUAUCGAUUAUUGA